CAUGGCUGGGGGAGGCUAUGACAACAGACAGAAAUAUGGGGAUAUUAAAUGAGGCGUGACCCACAGUUCAUCCAAGCCAUCUUCACCAUCAGCACAUCUAAAGAAACAAAGGGCCCGAUGGGGCCAGGACGGACCAACUCCCCCCUCCCCGUGGUUUGAGGACUUCCACUCCAUGGAACUUCCACCAUCUGAUAAUUAUCAAACAUGUGCUUCUACUGGGGAGCUCAGUCCCCCUGCUUGCUCCGCUUGCCAACCUCUCACCCCAACUCCCCCACCACCACCCAGCAGAGUGUCUUAAAGAUGGAUAUAGAGGACUGCAAUGGGCGCUCUUACAUAUCUGGUAGUGGAGAUUCCUCUUUGGAAAAGGAGUUCACAUCCACGAUUGUGGGCCCCACUGUGAGCACACCAAAUAGUCAACACUCCUCCCCAAGCCGCUCCCUUAGUGCAAAUUCUAUCAAGGUGGAAAUGUACAGCGAUGAAGAAUCAAGCCAUCUGCUGUCCCAUGACGACCGGCUCAUUGAAAAAGAGGACAGUGUGAUCGUGGAGGAUUCCCUCUCUGAGCCCCUUGGCUACUGUGACGGGACUGGGCAGGAGCCACAUUCACCUGGUGGCAUCCGACUACCCAACGGCAAGCUGAAGUGUGAUAUCUGUGGGAUGGUGUGCAUUGGCCCAAACGUACUGAUGGUGCACAAACGCAGCCACACCGGUGAGAGGCCAUUCCAUUGCAAUCAGUGUGGUGCCUCCUUCACCCAAAAGGGCAACCUCCUUCGCCACAUCAAGCUGCACUCGGGUGAGAAGCCCUUUAAAUGUCCCUUCUGCAAUUAUGCCUGUCGGAGGAGAGAUGCACUCACAGGCCACCUCCGUACACACUCAGUCUCUUCCCCCACAGUCGGAAAGCCCUACAAAUGUAACUAUUGUGGCCGCAGCUACAAGCAGCAAAGCACGUUGGAAGAGCACAAGGAACGCUGUCACAACUACCUGCAGAGUCUUAACACUGAACCACAGUCGCUGGCUGGCCAGCAAGGUGACGAGAUGCGAGACUUGGAGAUUGUGCCGGACUCCAUGCUUCACUCCUCAGCUGACCGGCCAACUUUCAUUGACCGACUGGCAAACAGCAUCACCAAACGAAAACGCUCCACACCUCAAAAAUUUGUGGGAGAGAAGCAGAUGCGGUUUGGCCUCUCCGACAUGGCUUUUGAUGUCAACUCCAGCUUUGAAAAGGAUGUGGAGAUGGUGGCAGCCCACCACCCCAUGGACACUAGCUUUGGCGGAUCACUGUCAUUUGUGGGGACAGAACACUUGCGCCCCCUCAGGCUCCCACCAACAAACUGCAUCUCUGAGAUCACACCUGUCAUCAGCUCUGUCUAUACGCAAAUCCAGCCUCUCCCAGGCAGGUUGGAAAUAGCAGGAAGCAGGGAAGCUGCUGAAGGCCAUGAGGAUCUUCCCGAUGGGACGCAGAUUGUGUACCGGGCAUCGCGGGAGCCAAGCAUGGUAUCACCUAGCAAUGGCUGCCAGGAUUCCACAGACACUGAGAGCAUCCAUGAGGAGAGGAGCUCACAGCAGCCGCUGCUGUCCGGCAUUGGGAACUGCACCAGCAGCCGGCAAAGUCCGGCAUAUGCCAAAGAGGACCCAAAAGUCCAAGAGGGCAUCAUUCCCAGCACUACUCGGUCAACUCCUAGCUCAGCCAAAGAAGCCCUGCGUGUGGUGAAUGAUGAAGGGGAACAGAUAAAAGCCUUCAAAUGCGAGCACUGCCGGAUCUUAUUCCUAGACCACGUCAUGUUCACCAUCCACAUGGGCUGCCAUGGCUUCAGAGACCCUUUUGAAUGCAACAUCUGCGGCUAUCACAGUCAAGACCGGUACGAGUUCUCUUCCCACAUAGUGCGAGGGGAGCAUAAAGUAGGCUAAUCCUGAACUCUCGCCCCUCUUGUCCCCCACCUCCCCAAUCUCCCUCCCCAUCGCUAGUGCCCCGUCCUAGUUGGGUAUGGAGCUAUUCAUUUCUUUUCUACUCCGUUGCACUGACUUUGGCUAAAAAAGAGAAAUAUUUAAAAAAAGAACCUAACUUAAAAAUAAAUCCAACAAACUUGAGACAGGGAGGAGUUCAUAACAUUUGCCUUUUCUGUGCUGUGUUAUUUAAAUAUUGUUUAUUGAUUUUAAAAUUAUCUUGUGCUUUUAAUUUUUCUGCUUGCAGUUAUUUAUUAAUUUCAUUUCUCUAUUUUGUUGUUAUGUACGCCUUUCCUUCAAGACAUUUUGCCGGGGACUGUCUCUUUCGAGGGAUGUACAAACCUCUGGUGCACAUCAGCAAGAUAUUUGUGUCUUUCAUAACUAAGUCUCUCCUUCCUCCUCCAUUCAAAGUUUCUUUGGGCUUCUUUUGGUUUCAGUUCUGGUAUCUCUGUCAUGCUACCAUGUUAGAUAUUAAGAACCUCAGAUCAGGUGCUAAAAAUAUUAUUAUGGAACUUCCCCCUUUCAAGGGGCCAGGAAAGCCACGACUUGAGUUACACGGAGAUGGUGAUGUCAGGAAGAACCGCAUAUUUCCUCUUUUUUGAGUGUCUGUGAAAUGGAGCAUAGAAAGGUAUCCUGCUAGGAACUCUGUGGUCCCAAGAACUCAAUACCUCUAUGUUUCUAUGACAGAUUUGUAUUGAAAUGUACUGUGUCCUCUGUUGGGGCACAGAAAAGGGUGGCAAAUUUUGCAUCUGGUGAAAAAUGAAGGAGCUGCAGCACCACCUAAUUUGAAGGAAGGGGCGAAUAUUUGUAUACAAAGUUUGCCAAGGUGCUGCCUUUACACAUUCAACUGAAGAACAGCAUUAGGAAAGCAAAUGCUGUUUCCAAGAUGCAAUGAAGAAACCUUAGCAUUGCCUGCUUAAAGCUAUGUUCUGCUUCCCAGCUGUUAAGAAUCUGGGUUGCCCUCCUGCAAGGACAUGUUUGAUGUCCUUGUUCGUCAGCCUAGCCUUCUCUCCAAAAGGGUUGUCUGAGCUAACUUCCUCUGAGCUUCCUUCUGUUAGCUCUUAAAGAGCCAUUUUUAGUGGAAGUUUUAGAAGGUGUAAGCCUCAACCCUUAGGCGAGUGUAUGUCACUGACUUCUCUCUCCAAAAGCAUGCAACUUCCUUGAGGGUGAAUAAAUAAACACAAACCUGUUGGCUGUGAUUCCUAGGAGACAUAAUCAAGGGACUUUCAAUAGAAGACAGGAAACAAGCUAGCAAAAGCCUCUACAAAAUCAGCUUAGUAACCUCUCUUGCAGCUACUAGAGUUGGGUAUUGACACUCUGUUUCUUCUUCUUGAUGUUCUGGUGCCUGACUUCUUCCUCUCUCCAGUCAGUUGCCCAGGAAUUGGUUAUCACUGAGCAACUUGGGGGUUGACUCUCCCCCAUGGGUAUGGCUGCCUUGGUGUGCACAGAUCAGUAAAAAGCCUUAGAGAAAGCAUACUUUUUGGACUCAUCCACAUAAUAUGACAUCAGCAGCCAUGUGGCAGAAGGUCCAUGUGUUGUACAUCUAUGGAAAAGCCCACACUGGCAUAGGAAAAGAGAUGUAGAGUAACUUCCAGUAAAACCCAUCUGCCCCAGAUCUACAUGGUAAUAGGAGUCUCCAGUUUUCUCACAGGCAACAUGAUCAGUGGUGCCAAAGAGGGCCACUGGUUUUCUGCAAUGCAGGUCCUGGAGAAGGACCUUGCUAUGUCUGCUUUAGUGUCUUAAAGCCUUGAUCACCAUGAAGGGCUGAAACCUCCAUUCUUUUGUUUGGUUGAAGAUCACUGCUGUUAGUAGACGGUAGGCUAGAUUUAUAACUCCAUUUGUCAGGCUUAUGCAGUUAUUCCUACCAGUCAAAGCAGAAAUCCUGUCUAUGCUUGCUCUUAAAGAGUGCAAUUGCCAUAUUAGAAGGCUUGUGUGGUUGAGGCAGCAUAACUCGCAAGUCUGCUUUCUCCAAGGCUUUGUCCUUCAUCUCAGCACCUUGACCUGCCAGGAACAACUUGCCUGACAGAAAGAGAUGAGAGGUAAGGUUAAAGCUGUAUAUCUAGUCUUAGUUGGACACAGCAAGGGGAGAAGGCUUAUAGUUUUAGGUAAAUGCCCAUAAUGCAUAAAAAUAACAGCAGCCCAACAAACUGCUUCCUUGCGGGAUAAACCAAAGGCUGUUCUUUUUCUACUUAGAAACACCUCAAGUUGCAACAUUUUGUUCAUUUUUGCCCUUUUAUUGUUUUUUUGAGAUGUGAAAUGCUACACUUUCUGAGCUGCCCCAUCCCCCAAAGCCAGACAGAUUGGCUUAACUGGGAAGGCCUUGUCAGGUAGGCCUUAUCAAAUAGGAUACUUGGAGGAAUUCUUAUAGGAUGCGGGAAGGUGACAACCUUUCUUUAAAUAGUUGCACUCCACUAUUCUGCCACACUUCUAAAACUUUUUAAACUUUUCUAGUUCAAAGCUACUUUCCCCUUCCACUCUCCCACUUGGGUUCAGCGUAUGAAUGGUAUCUUAUAGGCUCAGAAGACAUUUUGAGCUGGUCCCAACAGUGUAUAUUUUAUGGCUUCAAGCAAAUGAGGAGGGAACAGAAUAUCAAAAUUCUUGUCCUUUAGAUUACUGUUGUGCAAUACAAAUGAAACCUGUUGGGAGACUUUGCCAAAUUGCUAAGAGGACUUAAGAGUCCAGUUCUUGUCUUUUUCAAUGAGGAUUGUACUUCUCACUCCCUAUGAUUCCUUAGGCCCUUGGAUAAAGGAUUUUGAUUUUUUUAAGCACUCGUAUCUCCUACAGGUGUACAGUUACGAGUAUUCAGCACUUUUUGUGAUUUGUUAAACUGAAGAGUCAAUUCACAUGGCAUAAUCAUUAAAGUAUGUUGUGUGAAUGAAACUGCCCAGUGGUGUUUCUAGGGAUGGCAGUUCUGUACUAAGAAUUGUUAUGGGGUCUCUUCUGUGAGUGGAAAAGAUAUUACAAUUCAGCCCUUAGACAUUGUAUUUUUUAAUAUCUUAACUUUAUACUGCUUUAAAAGUUAGGAUUUCUCUGCUGUAGAUCUUGCAAACAAAGGUUUGGAGCAGGUUAAAGCAAGUAGUUUAGUAAGGUAAAUGUGUUAAAUGAAUAAACUCAAGGUGUUCCAUUUGUGCCACCAGAAAUCUGAGAGCGUAUCUUUAACGCUGCUUCUUAGCUACCUUUAAAAACAGACACACACGGGUUCUCAGGAAGGCUUUUCUAAAGACAUUUAAAAGCAGGAUGUCAGAAAUCUAAUGCACAUUUAUUACAUGUAACAAAACAGCUCAAAACUGAUUUCAACAUAAAAACAUUUGCUUCUCACUCAGUGACUGUUUUGGCCCAUGCUGUGAGUGUGAGUGGGUAAAAAAGCUGUGUCUAGAAUAUCAACUUUUCUCCCCAAGAACCACCUAAUGGGUCAGGAUUUUAGAUUCCUCUUGCAUUUUGCUUAUAGAAUUCUUCCUAUAAUGAUUAAUACUGCCAUGUUAGCUUUUUCCUAUAAAUGCAUACAGAGAAAGACUUAAAACAUUUGUCACUUGAGUUGCAAGUGUUGAAGUGGAAUUGAAUUUCUGAGUUAAGUUGUUUGCACAUCUUCAGAUUCAGGCAGACCUGUGUGUACAGCAGUAAUAAGAGAAGAACUCCUUAACUCAACUGUGUGCAUGUUUUUCGGUGUGAAUCUAGGUCUAGAAUAGAGUAUGCAGCAGUCACUCCCCUUGAUAGGUAGAAUUUAUCCCUGUAGGGUCUAACAAAGACCACUUCCAUUUAAGUACAUGAGGCUCUGUGGACCUCUGGCUGUGGCACACAUGCAAGAUUGCACUGUGCAACACACCACAUUUAACUGGAAAGCGCUAUUUUGUUCAUCAAAAAAAAAAAUCAGUAUUUGAUGAAUCCUCCAACCAAACCCCCAAACUAUCCAAUCUUGCAUUGAAAGAGAUCAAUCACUUAGGCAAAAUCUGUGUUUUUAAUGUAACCAGUCUUUUAAGCAGAACUGGAAAUAUAUAUCUGCCUUUUUUCCAUUUAGUAAAUCAGCUGCAUAGUGCAUCCUAAGGACUUUAAAUACAUCUUAAUCUGAAGAGUAGAUUGUGAGACAGACACCCAAGAGUAGUCUUUCCCAACCCAGGGCCCUCCAAAUGGUUUGGACUACAAUUCUCCAACAAGCACAGCUAUGCUUUCUUGGGCUGUUAAUAGUCCAAAACAUCUGGAGGGCACCACGUUGGGGAAGGCUGUCAAGAGUGUGGAGUUGUUCAUUAAGACAAUAUAUCCUUCCAUUUCUAGAAGUGAUCCUCAAUGCUCUGAUCUUUUCCAUAUGAGAUCAGUUUUUUCUAGCACCAAUAGACCAAAUUCUGGGAAGAUGCAUAAUUUGUUUCCAAUGCAGAGACUAAUAUUGCUGUGAAAACUAAAAUGUAAGGCAACCAGCUAUGCUUGUCAUCUUCAUAUAUUUGUCAAGAAGUGGAGGCAUGUAUUGAUUUCCUGACAUAUAACAUUGGGAAGAAAAUACAUUUGUGCAGUUUUUCUUGUUACAUUUUUUACACAAUUUGUUCUGGAUACAAGUGUGAAUCUUUGACAACAACAACAAGUUAAUUUGGGAAUCAGCUUUCAUAGUUGGAUACUGACUUCUUGAAAGCCAAAGAUGGCCCUUGGGUGCUUGGCUUCAGUUGAUGCCACGGUGAUAAAUUAAAGCACCUGAAGUGUCAUUUUAAGUGUUGGUUUCUUUUUUAAAAGUAAAGCUAUCCCUUUGUGCCUCCAUGCAAAGCCCACAUUCAGAUUUUUUUCUGCUUCCUGUAUUCUUGAGCUAAAUGAAGAUGUCCAGCUCAUUGCUAUUGAACUAUAUUUACUGCACUGUGGAAUGGUACGAAUCUCUCUAAAACCUGCUUCUAUGAUGAAUCAGGGAGCAAGAAUCCCGUUUCAGACUUCACACCUUACCUCCUGCUCUCCCUUUUUGUGAAAAUGAAAAAAACAGGUUUGUUUUUAGAAAAACAAAGCUCUAAAAUUUCUAAGAAACCAGUGUUUCUUUUUAUUUUUGCUUUCACCUGUACGAAGAGCCUAAAAAAACAAAUGUAGGAAUUUUGUAAAACUCCAGGUCUCUAACUUGUGUAAAUAUAUAUAUUUUUUAACCAGAUGUAUGAAGAACAAAAAUAUGUGCAAUAUCCCCAACCCGCUACAAUAUUCUUCUCUUCUUUCUAACAAGCUUUCAUUUGUAUAUUGUUAUUGGAUUUGCUGGUGUCAUGCUCUUUCCCCUCCCCCCUUUUUUGGUGGGGUUAAACUCACUUUUAAAUAAAAGAAAAACCUCUUACUGCAAAAGCGUUUUUGUAUCUGUAAUAUAUUGUAAGUACAUAUUUGUGUAAUGGAGAUUAUACUACUGUUAAGUUUUGUACUGUACUGGCUGAAGGUCUGUUAUAAAUAAACAUGAGUAAUUUAA